UAUCUUCUUCAUUUUGAUAUUUUUCUUCUUUAUCGCUAUAAAAUUAAUAGCUAUUGUAAUUUGUGACAUUGCAUUCUUAUUUUAAGUAUAUUAUGAAGUUUUUUUGGUUUUUCGCAAAGUGAUUAUUGUUAAAUAAAUUAAUAAACAUUGAAAUAAUUUAACUUGCAACCGUAUCUUCAAUGUUCUUGAAAACCAGAGCAGGAUUAUGAUAAAAAUGAAAUAAUGAGCAGCAAAGCCAAAGUGCAAUUUGAACAUGAUCUGGGAGUAAGUUUGAAAUCAUUUGACAAAGAGUUGCACCACCAAAGAUUAGAACAAUUAAGACAUUUGGCUGAGAAACUAAAAGAAGAUGCUUGGAUGUAUCCUGAUUUAGAAACUAAGUUGGGCCUUUGAGCUUUUCUAUCACCAUAGGUAAAAGUAUGUCAUCCUGUGAUCCUGUCAUACUCAGUUAUGAGAACAGUUUGCUUAGGCAAUCAGAUGUAGAACUUUUAAAUGCCACUAACUGGCUGAAUGAUAAUAUCAUUGCUUUCUGGUUUGAAUAUCUAGAGUAUGAUAUAUAUAAAGAUCACAAGGAUGUUUUCGGUUUUGUUUGUCCCCAAGUCGUCCAAUACUUGAAGUUUGCACCUGCUGAAGAAGUUAAAUCAACAAUUGAUGGCCUGGAACUGAAUAAAAAGCAGCUUGUUUUCUUUCCCGUAAACGAUUGUCGAGCGCAAACGAUUCCAGGUGGUACUCACUGGAGCCUUCUUGUAUAUAAGUCCAGUGAGAAUUUAUUCCAACAUUAUGAUUCAUAUUCUUGUAGCUCUAAUUUGAGUGUAGCAGAACAUUUAGCUGAAGUCCUCUUUCCUUUUCUUCGGAAUUCUUCGACUGCAGGACACUCACCUAAUCUGCAAGAAAUGGUUUGUGCCCAACAGAUGAAUUCUUACGAUUGCGGUAUGCAUGUUAUCUGCAACACAGAUGGUCUUUGUAAGAAAUACCUGAACAAUGACCCUAGAUCUAUAUCUGAAAUUGUGCCAUCAAGUCUUGUGUCCACGUCACGUGGGACAUUGAAGGAUCUAAUUUAUUCUCUUAAGAAAUGACAUUUUAUUCUACUUUUUUGUGACAAUUUUCUUAUUGUUGUUUUAAAGUUGGUUACAUUAUUGGCUUCAGAGAAUUAUAUUUUAUUAUUCUACAUUCGAUAGAGUUGAAUUCUAAAUCAGUUAAAUUGAGUUUGUUCUUUAAACAUUUGAUUUGAGACUGUGGUACAAAUUGAUUUUACAAAAUAUGCAGAUAAAUUUUAUCAGUGGUUUUAAUUUGAAUCCGUUCAUUCAAAUGAAACCCAUUGAUUUUGAUCCAAAUGUAUUGAUUUGGUUUAUUUUUCAUUUUGUCCAUCUGUAAUCUGUUAUUACUGCAAAGCCUUUUAUGGUAAGGGGGAAAAUUACUUUUGAGGGGUGCAAUUAAUUCAAUAUUUAUAAUUGAAUUAUAAUUUAAUUAAUCUUUUUAUCCUCUGUGCUUUAGAAGAGUUUAAGGAACAUAAAUUCCUGUAAGCCUAGUUAAGUUAAGCAACAUUAAAAUAAUUAUUCCUUAGUGUAAUAAAAAUAAUGUCAAUUUGCUUAAGAAUUAAAAGGCACGUUAUAUGUAUAAUGAUUAAUUGAAAUUUUACACUCUUAAAGUUUAGUAAAAUUAACGGUGGUUUUUCAGCUUUGUCUAUAAAGCUAAUUUUUUUUCUCUAGGUAAAAAAAAUAUAAGAUUUAAAUCUUGUAAUGUCUUUAAUACAUCAGACUUUAAAAAGCAAACAUUAAAAUUGAAACCUUAACUAAAUUGAAAUAUGUUAGAGAAACAGUUAUAAAAUUUCUCCAAUUACUUUUUGAUUUGAAAGUAGAUGACAUUAAAGAGUUGCAUUUAACCCCUGAGCUGCAGAUUAUUCACCUCUAUACAUAUUUCAAAUCAGGUUCUCAGGAAGAUUGAUUCUCAAGUAGAGUACAGUAGAACCUCAAUCAAUCCUUUUUAUUGGACCAUUCAUUGUGAUCGAUAAAUACUGGAAAACGAUGAAUGUGGAUCAACCUUGAAUUAUCAAACAAUUACUUGAAAAGUAAUGGACUUGAAAUAAAUAAAUUUAUAUAAAAUUAUUUACUUACAUCAUAAGUAUUCAUGAUUUAAAUAAUAUAAUAUUCAUGAUUAAACACAUUUAUUUAUUCAAAUUAUUUAAAAAUUUUGGUUUGAACACUAUCCUCUCUUUAAUGUUUUGACAUUUGUAACAGAGUGCUGUCCAUUUUCUGUAAGUUCACAUGAAUACAGAAGUUUCUCUUUGUUUCAAAGACUUAGAUGUUUCCUGUAAAUGUUGGCAUUGGUUGUGGUUUUUCUCCCUUCAUCCACAAUUUUUCAGUUACUUAACCAUUUUUUUAACUGACAACACCACAAGCUUAUUCAGCUAUUUCUCUAAACUAUAAUUCUCAUCUUUUUUAUCAUUAGCUUUUAGAAUUGUUGUUUUUCAAGAUAAAACGAGCUUGAAUUUUUUUUCAAAUGUUGGUAAGAGUUCUGAACGUUAGACACAGAAAUUUGGAAAUGAUUUAAACUAAUAUUAUCAACAUUAUAAGAAUAACACUUGUGGUGGGACAGUUAAAACAAGACAAUACGUACAAGAAAACAAAAAACAUGGGAAUAGGGGGUUCAAGGUUCUACUGUAUUGUAUUUCCUUUUAAUUUUAACUACCAGUUGUCUUUUAAAAAACCUAAUCAUUUGCUGUAUAGUUUUUACAAUUAGAAUAUGUGCUUUUUCUUAAUUCUAAGUCAUCUUAAGUAGCUUUAUGAAAAUAUGUAUUUAAGUUGCUCUUUAAAAAUAACAUGUUUGAUUUUUCAGUCCCUUGUCACUUAAAAUUGUAGAAUGUUAUCAGCUUCUGAAGUAGAAUAAUAGUGUAUUUAUUUUUUUCUAUGAAGUUACAGAAUCUCCGUCCUGAAGUAGAUAUUCUUUGAAAUUUUGUAUAGUACAUUGAUGAUUAGAGUACUGUUAACUUCAGAACUAAUGGUUGUGUUUAAACUAAUAUUUCUUACUUUGCAUUAGUUAGAGUUGAUUGUUAAAAUUUAUGAUGAUAGAAAAUACACAUUUUAGAGCAAUCUAAAUCAUAUCCUAUACUGAGUUUAAAGAUUUACUAGAGUUUAACAUGACAAAGUAACAAUGAAAUAAAUAUAAUAAAGACAAUUUCAGCUGUUGUA